AUGGCUGUGGAGAAUGAAGGUCUUGGACUGUAUUGCAAAGGUUAUGCUCAGAAGCUGAUUUUAACUUUUGCAGAUGUCGACUUCCCUACUUGCGAGAGGUCGUGUAACGAGCUCGAAUGGCCGAUGAUCUGUCGGGUCAAACUUACGCUUGAGGUCUACCAGACAUUCAGCAGGUCUUGCGGUGACUGUCCGCGGAAUGCAUCCGACUGCUUCAGGACGUACUGCGUCACUGCCGAUGGCUUCAAGAGGGGACUGCUCACAGCCAACCGACAGCUACCGGGACCUGUCAUACAGGUGUGCGAGAACGACAUACUGUUAAUAGACGUCGUGAACCGGGUGCCAGGUCAGGGGUUCGGAAUCCACUGGCGGGGUCAGCCUCAGAAAGAGACGCCGAUCAUGGAUGGUGUUCCCAUGGUAACGCAAUGCCCCAUUCCUAGUUCAACCACAUUCCAGUAUAAGUUCCGAGCUUCAAGAGCAGGGACUCAUAUAUGGCACGCGCAUACAGGAGCGCAAGUUAGCGACGGUAUAUUCGGAGCACUGGUCGUUCGUCAGUCUCCGAAGCGAGACCCUCACUUCAAGCAAUACGACGUGGACGAUCCGAACCACGUUAUAGUGAUCAAUGAGUGGAGCCGUGGGUUCGCCAUCCAGAGGCUCUUGGAGCCAACCCCUGGUACCAACAUGGCGUCUCUCCUCAUAAAUGGCCGCUCUCAGCCAGACCGGAUGGAAGGGUCAGAGAGACGCGAUAACCCGCUGACCACGUUCACAGUUGCUCCGAGGAAGAAAUACAGAUUUCGGGUGGCGUAUGCUGGGGGCGGGAGAUCGUGCCCCAUCACCGUCAGUGUUGCCAACCACGUGCUCCGCGUCAUCUCUCUCGACGGCAACCCUAUAAAACCGCGAGAUGUCGCAUCCUUCGUUAUGGCAGCAGGUGAAAGAACAGACUUUGUGCUGACCUCUGACCAGCCUGUGGCAUCCUAUUGGCUUAACGUCCUCACUGCAGACCACUGUGAGAAUUCGGCUAUAAAGGGAGCAGCUAUACUUAAGUACGAGGGGGCUCCUGAAGGCGCUGAACCCGUUGUCCAAGGGGCUCCUGAUGUUCAGCCGACACCCAGCAGUUCGAUUCUUCUUAAUACAGUGGAUGACCAUUGCACCGUGUCGGAGGAUAGAGACGGCGACGCUGUGUGCCUCUCGGAUGUCAAAGCCCUUCAGAAGAUGGGGCGAGAACUGACAGACAGAAAAGUGGACAUCACUCUGUAUCUCGCGUUCGACUUCAAACGGCUGUCAGAAGAUAAAGUUCCUACACCUCAUCCAGGAGCCAGCGUUCUAGUUCCUCAGCUGAACAACUUCACCUUCACGUUUCCGUCGUCACCCCUAUUGACCCAGGCCGAGGACGUGAAUCCCGACCUCUUGUGCCAGCAGGAGACGCCGCCAUCCCGAUGUCAGGGUUCGCCGAUCUGCGAGUGUGUCCAUGUCAUUGAUUUGCCGCUAGGAGCCACUGUUGAGCUCAUCCUUGCGGACUUAGGAGGCAGCGAGUCGGGUCACGUUGUCCACCUGCACGGGUACAGUUUCCACGUGGUGGGUGCCACUCGGCUGGAACAGCCAACGUCUCUGCAGCGCAUACAGCAACUGGACAGCGAAGACUCGCUUUUGUCUCGGAAUCUAGUCAAUCCCGUGCUCAAGGACACGGUUACUGUAGGAAGCAACGGGGUUGCCGCCCUCCGCUUCAAGGCAGACAAUCCGGGAUAUUGGCUAUUUCACGACCAGCAUUUCUCGUAUUGGCCAAACGGAUUUGACGUCGUAUUUCACGUGGGCCAAUCCGGUGAUGUAAUGCCAACCCCCACAGAUUUCCCUCGGUGUGGAAGUUGGGUGGGCCCAGAAUUCUUCCUCAUAUGAAGAGUGUGACGCAGAUAGAUUCGUCUGAAGCAGCCCUGUACCAUCUGUGAUGGCCUUCUGGAACUGUGAUGAGAUUGAACGUUUCGGCGGAAAUUUAGAAUUAUUUUCUGAGACGCAGAUCAUGGAAGCUAGCAAAUUCUGAACAUCAAGAAAUGUCCGUCCCAGUGAUCUGAAAGGAGCUUGUCUACGCCUGAUUGGGAACAUGCUGUAUGCUGAAGUAGGUCUUACGGAUACAGAAUUAUAAUCAACAAAUAAUUUGCGUAAAGUAACAAAUUAUGUACAUAGAUCAUUUCAAAAUGUUUAUAACGGUUAUUAAUUCACUGCUGUGUUCGAAAUUAUGCUGAGCGUUGUUGCAAAUGGGCAUAACUAUCGAAUUUGAAGCUCAGCGACAAUUACCCAAGUUACAUCGCGACGUAAACUAUCCAAGGCUUCAUAAAAGACUCUUUUGGGCAACUAACAUCUCAAGGACUCUGAAAAAUGGCCUUAAUAAACAGAAAAUUACGUCAGAAAGUUACGUAAUGAGCUUUAUAAUUUAUACAGUUCACCAAAAAGGCUUUUUAGCGUGCUCAAAUCAAGGAGGAUGAGAAGACGAGAAAUCCCGGACAGAAAGAACCACUUGGGAGAUGGAAAGGUGAUAAUGAAAUAGCUUUAAAGAAAAUAUGGUUAAAAGUUUGGACUGAGACAGAGUUGAGUCCAGUAACGGGCUAUUGUGAACACGAUCAAGAACCUAAAGGGUCUUCAAAAGGGGGUCAGUUUGUUGACUACCUGAUUUACUAGCAGCAUCUGUAAAAGGGUUAAGCUUGAUGCUGCUAUUUAUAUCUCAUUUUAAGUAUCUUUAUUUUGGUACUGAAAAGCUUUUAUUACGUAAUUAAUGGAGAAAUAUACAUUCAAAUCAAUUAUGAAAUAAUGUAAGAUUAUCCAAUCUGUUGCGACAGUCAGUUGCCUCAAGGAAUGUAAACAGUUGAAAUGCAUACGCUUCGAUACUGACUUCGAUUUAUAUUCGACUUCUCUGGAAAAUUCAAUUACGUUAAAAAUUGAGGUUAAGACGGCACAAACAAUACUGAUGUGUAAGUGUACUUAGGUUCCUCGUAAUAACUCUCUUAUAUGAUUGUUGUUUUACUGAGUUAUAUACAUCUCUGUGAUUAAUCUGGUAUUCCUAAUCACUCUACCGGUAUUUUAUUUACAAGACAUUUGAUAUUUUUCUAAUAAUUUGCAUAUUUAUGCUGUAUAUAUCGUAUUAAAAUCUCUGUGAUGUGUGUAAUGGACUUCGAAUGGAUAAGAAAGAUAUUUGCGUUUCAUUUGUCGGAGAUAGGUAUGUAAAACACGAAUAACGAUAUAAAAUUGUGAUAAUUAUACAAGUUAAAAUAUUAUUUUGUAUCAGAAUAAGAAUAUAAGUUCUUUGUUAAAUACAACAUAUUGUUCCACGUAAAUUUGUGCUUAAUAGUGCCAAAUAGUAUUUUAAGUUACCCAAAUUGGUUUUAGGGCUCUGAAAAAACACUGCCCCAAAACUUCAUUACUUCAGAAAAGGUUUAGAAUAUACAGACAAUAGAAUAGACAUUUUGAAGUAAAAGGCUGUAGUUUUAAUGUUUUAGGCUAUAGUUACAAUUAUUUUGCAUUAAUAAGGAUACAUGUAACAGCCAUUUUAGUAUAUACCAUAUGUAUUCCUAAAACCCUUAAUAAAGUAUCUUAAAAGCUUUGA